UCCUUCUUUCUCUGCCCUUUGCCCGGCCUCUCCCUCCCCCUUGACCGAACCCCUCUCUCUCUCUCUCUCUCACAGAAGGAGGGCUGAAGAGGGAGAAGGGAAGGGGAGUCUCCUCUGUCUUUCUUAUCAGAGCUCUUAAUAAAUCUCUCCGAUCUUUCUCCUCCUCUCUCUAGCCUCUCCAUCCUCCUCCUCCUUGCCUUUCUCCUCUCCUUCUCUGUAUCCUCUUUCUCGCGUGCCCUUUUCUGGUGGAAUUAUCUAGGAUUUUCCCGAGUUCUGGAGUCCCCGUCUGCCCCUUUGGUGUCUUUCUCCGGUUUCUUGGUUUAUGAUCUGUAUUUUUUCUCCUUCCUGCAGUAUUUCUUGGGUUCCUCCUUUGUGGUUUCUCUCUCUCACUCCCUCUCUCUGAUCUCUGGCCAGAGAGAGAGAGGGAGGGGCAUGGUUAAUGGUUUCAUGGUUCUCUUUUCCUUUUUGUAAUUCCUCUUAGGCUUUCUUGCUCGGUGUAUUUUCUGGGUCAGUUUUAGUUUCUAUUUUCUGGAAAAUAGAGUGUUUCUUUAGCUCUUCAUCUGUCGAUUCUGCGUUUCUCUCAUCCGGGGACCCCUAGUUUUGGAACGCCACAGAUUUGGUGGGACGGUUUCAGCACGAUUCGAUCCUGAUUCUCUGAGAUUUCUGCUCAUCCGAUCGCUAUGUCGCCUCAAUCUAAGAAUGAGAUGAAGGAAAUUGGUGGGAUUCUCGCCAAGGACGUGCAUUUCCGAGGAGUAAGGAAGCGGCCGUGGGGAAGAUUUGCAGCAGAGAUUAGGGACCCGUGGAAGAAGUGCCGGGUCUGGUUGGGGACGUUUGACACGGCGGAAGACGCGGCCCUAGCCUACGACGCCGCCGCCCGGGCGCUCAGAGGACCAAAGGCGAAGACCAACUUCCCCUUCGUCCCCGCCGAGGACCGAAGCACCAGCCUCAGCAGUACUGUCGAGUCGUGGAGCAGCCCCAGGAGCAACCUCCAUGCCAAGACCCCCUCUUGCUGCGAGGCUGAUCUGAAAAUGGAUCUAAACGUCGAUAGAGGGCGCCUAUGUCCCGGCUCCCGAGGAGCCGCCGCCGGAGGUGCGUGGCGGACGAAGAAGGGCGCAAAGCGGAGCUGUGCGCCCGACCGAAGGCGGGGCGGAGGUUUCAAUUGUUCAGGCCGGGGGUUGGUCCACGAAGGGUUCAUUGGUGCUGCCAUGGUCGAUCCAAACGACUGUCACAGUGAUUGUGAUUCAUCGUCCUCCGUCGUCGAUGAUGAGGUGAGAAGGCCUCCUAUGAUGGGGAGGCCUUUGUUGGAUUUGAAUCUGCCGCCUUCUGAGGAUUUUGACGAUGACGAAGUUUGCAGCAUUUCUUUGAGGCUUUGAGAUGUUACUUUCUUUGAAACGAAAAAGGAGGAAAGAAGAGGAGAGAUCGAAGUUUCGAUAUGGAAUCAAGUGGGGUUGCUUGAUUGCAGAGCUCUUUUUUAUCUUCUUUGAUAGUUUGGGAUGAUGACCCGUCUUCCUGAUUAGAAGGAUUAGGAAAUGAGUUUCUUCAUAACCCCUAAAACAGAGUAGGAGGGUCAUCUUUCCAUUUUCCUUUUUCUUUUGACUCGUUUGUUUCUUGGAAAUUUUCUGGUUUCGUCUUGUAAUCUAUUUCAUGAAUGAUAAUGAUAUACAAAAUGUUAGAAUAGAAAGGACCUCCUUUCUUCAAACAAAACACUGUGCUUUUCUUCA